CAAAAAGUUUUUAGUAAAUUUAACUUUUUAACCUUAAAGUUUGACAAGUGUUUUCAUGAAUUUACUGAAGUAAUACUGUUACAAUUUAUUAAUUUAAUUGAGAACUACUGUGAAAAUUACAACAUGAAUGUUGUGAAACGGUAUUUAAGUACUUUCACCUCAAGUUUGAUAAAACUACCUAGUUUCAGAGUCACCCUAGUACCUGAAGUGAAGCCGUUUGUUUCAAUUUCCAACAGUAUUAGUCAAGAAAGAACCAUGGCAUCUCUUAAUCAAAUGCACAGAACAGGGCCUCAUAUUAAAAAACGAAAUCCUAGACGUCCCCUAGAUGGCAACCCUUUUAUGAAAGGAGUGGUACUCAAAACUCUUAUUAGAAAACCGAAAAAACCGAAUUCAGCGAAUCGUAAAUGCGUUCUCGUUCGUCUCACGAAUGGAAAAGAAAUGUUCGCGUAUGUGCCUGGAAUAGGACAUAAUUUACAGGAACACAAUAUCGUCCUCUGUCGGGUGGGAAGGCUACAGGAUACACCCGGUGUUAAAAUAAAAUGUGUACGUGGAAAAUACGAUUUAGGUCAUGUUAUACCAAAAAGAUAAUCCUAAAUAUUUAAUGUACCUAUGUUAGUGUACCAAUACAAAUAAUAAAUGUUUUUUUUGUUAAA